AUGUUCGACAACUUAUUCGACAUAGACUGGAAGAGCCUCGCGCUCCCGUUCGCAUACAUCACCGUUCUCGGGGUCUCGCUAUACACGUUCUCGACCAUUUACAGAAAGCGGAAAGCGUCGCAAAGCGCCAACCUGGAACCAUGGUUCCCGCCACACCUCCAGCGCAACAUCUACCUGUCGCUCCUGCACAUGGAACCCGAAGCGGGCCAAGAGAAGGCGCCCAAGAUCCCCGAUAGCGUCGUCCGAGCCGCGCUGCUGCGGAGAGCCGUCGAGGACAUCCGCCGCAUCAUCCAGAUCCGAACGUCGAAGCAGGCACUCAACACGCUGCUGCUGCGGGGCAGCGUCGGCGACGACCUGAACCAGCGGUUCCAGCGCGCCGAGAAGGAGAUCGAGGAGGAGUUGCGCGAUGUGGUAUCCGAGGCAAACGCCCUGGCACCCGGCUGGGGAAACUCCAUCUUCCAAUCGGCGAACGAGAUCGCGGCCAACCAGGCUCUGCGCACGAAGCUGGAUGCCAUCGAGGGGCGCUCCGAGUCCGAGAAGCAGUGGUGGGAGAAGCGGCGGGAGACGAUCAAGAAGGACUUUAUGAAGGAACUCGACGGCGAGUCGGUCAAGGGGUCUGUCAAGGGCAGCGAUGACGACGGUGUGCUGGUCGACUCGGGUACGCCCGCGGCCACGCCCGGCAGUGCUAAGAAGAAGAAGACGGGCAAGAAAUAG